AGAGCUCAUCAGUGUUGUAAUUUGACAGUGAGCAGUAAUGUUUGUCUAAGAGGAUUGGUGGCCAGAAAUAAGCCACAGUGUCUAAUGAGACACGGACCGGCUGGGCAGGAUGCCACGGCAUUUCUUGUGUGUGCCUUUCUCAUAAGCAAAAUGGCCUCAGACUGAAGAGGAUGGUCAUGAAGUCUGUGUGGAACAGACGUCAGAGCGGAAUUUUCAGACUUAAUGGAGAGGAUCUAAGUAAGCUCUGGAUUUUGAAAUGAGUGAAUCUGUGGAGCUGUGAUCUCCUACAAAUCAAAUGGGGAAUGUCUGUGGAUGUGUAAGAGCUGAGAAAGAAGAACAAUAUGUAGAUCCUGCCAAAACUCCUUUGAACCCUGAAAAAUACUCUCCUGGAAGAAAAUAUUUCAGAAGAAAACCGAUCAAGAAAACUGCAGGUGACAAGGAGUCAGUCGAGGCAAACAAUGAAAAUGAAGGCAAGAAGAAGAGCAGCAGUCAGCCUUCAAAAGAACAGCCAGCUCCUUUAUCCAGGGAACUGGUACAGCAGGAAUCUGUUACCCUAAACUCUGCACUGGGAGAUGGUAUUCAGCAAAAGAAGACAGAAGUUGUAGCUGACAGUGUUAAACAGAAACUUCUGCCGAGUGCUGUAAGCAGUUGUUCUGACCAUGUGAACCCUUCUCCUGCUAAAGACAGUGAAACAGAAGUAAAAGUUAGUGAACUGGAUGAAGGGAUUUCAGAAAAAGACAGCACUCCAUAUUGCGCAAAGAGGAAGAAACAUUUAGAUGAUGUCAACACAAGCGAAAUAACAUUCCAGGAAAAAACUGAUGUUUUUUCUUUUCGAAAGGCAGCCAGCUUAAGCUCUGUUCUCUUGGGUAUAGAAAGAUCACUCGAAAAAAGUGGGUUUGCUGAAGACCCACCAAAAAGUUAUAGCAGUACUCAAGAAAAGCAAAACACUGAGAGAUUUUGCCCUCAUGCAGCACAGCAUUUUCAGUUUAAAAAAAAGAGAUGCCAUUCCCUUUAUACUAGUGUGUCCUCUGUUUCUAAGGACACAGCUGGAAAUGAGGUAAGUGAAAUGUGGAGUCUGAGUUCAAGUAAAUAAGUAUUCCAGGUGCUCACAUCAGACUCACAUCUAAUUUGUCUUUUAUAGUUAUUUUCAUAUUAGUGUAUGUAAAAGCCAAAGAGUUUCUGUUGCGUUUUGUUUGUAGCCUCAGGUUUGAUUAUUAUGAUUUUAUUUUUGUGCGGUGCACAUUCUUUGAUCACACUUUAAUCUAAAAAUCCUGUACAUUUUCAUUAUUGGUGGAAGACUUUAAAAAGCACUACAGUAAGAGAGUGCAUGUCUUUUGAAUUUUUCUGGUUCAUGAUUCUUGACUUUGCCUGUGGAAUAGCCUGUGGAAGCUUAGUUGGACUGUAGGUAAAAGUUCAAUUAGAAAAUAGUCAUGAGAAGACAAUAGCUUUGUAACAGAUAAUAGGAUACUGUAAAAUUAUCAGUCAAUACCGACUUGCUGAUUCAUGAGUUUGAAAAGCCAGAUUCUGGUUCUCUGUUGAUUUUCAUGUGCAGAAACAUUCACAUAAUUGCUGUCAAUUCUGUGUGUAUGUUUUGAGGGCUAGGGGUACAUCUUUUCUCUUCCUUUAUGUUAUUCCCCAGCCCCAGUCUAAAAUCAGAAAUUGUUAGGGUAGCAUGCCAUAGGAAUUUGAAAAUGACACAGACUACCGGGAAGUUGAGAUCUUUAUUCCUAACACUGAUAUUUAGCUUUAGACAAG